AUGUAUCCUCACACAUACUUCAACCACCCCGCCGCCUCUUACCAACAACGAAGAGGAUUUGCCACCCCCUCUUCUUUCCCUCAAGCUUCUUCUCACCCCGCUCAGCAAUUCAACUUCUUCCACCCUGCUCCUUCUCCUUCUCCUGUGAUACCCACACCUUCUGUCCACCAUGGCUAUGACUACUCUUCCAUCGAGGAAGAAGAGCGAGCUGCUCUAGCUCAUCUUCGAGCCCUUCAACGAAGACGAGAAGAAGCCCAGGCUGUUACUGCAGCUCGAGAAGCUGCUAUUCAAGCUGAAGCUGAAGCCAGAGCUAGAAUCGAAAGAGAGAAAGCUAUCAGAGCCGAACUUGCUCAAAUCGAAAGACAAAACCAAAUCGCUCAAGCUAUCCAAUUUCAACAACAUGCGCAAGCGCAAGCUCAAGCUCAAGCCGCUCAUCACCAAAGACAAGUAGAACAAGAAAGGAGAAAAAGAGCUUACGCUGAAGCUAUUGAAAGGAAAAGAGCUGAAAUUCUCCGAGCUGAAAUUCUUCGAGCUCAACUUGCCGCUCAAAGGGAAGCUGAGGUUGCAAGACAAGCUUGUCAAACUAGAUGUCAAAGAAGGUUAGUCCCACCUCCCCCUGCGUGUCCUUGCCACCGGUCAUUAAGACUCAUCGACCAGGAUCCAAUGACUGACGCCUGUAAUGUCGAUAGUCGCGCUCCUACUCCUAGGGCUUCAACUCCUACUCGACCUCGAGAAAACCAGUGGCAAGAUUUGAACAACCUCUUUGGUCCUCUUUUCGGUUUCCAACUCGUUCCCGAAUUAGAAUGCAACAAUGCCGAUGCCGAAACCACUUCUCAAACCAAAUCCACUCCCACUCAAUCUGCUUGCGAGCAACCCGAAGCCGAACGGCAUGCUUCUUCAACUCCAGCUCCAGUUCUAGCACCUGCUGCUGCUGCUCCUGCUUCUACCGCUGAAACGAAAGAGAAAGCACAAUUUCCUGAAGAUAUCAACAACCUGCUCUCUCGAUUCCUUGGUCUUCGUGUCGACCCCCUCUCCGAUGGCGACUCCUCGUCCUCUAUCGAUAGAGCCAAGGACAACGGUAUUCCCAAGGGCUUAAACGAGUUCCUUAAUCAGUUCGGAUUGGUCUUUGAACCGGAGGAGCAAAAGGCAGAAGCUCCUCCUGCUGCUGCUACUGCUCCAUCUAUUGCUUCAGCUGCUGUCGACAAAGAAGAAGCUCAACCCGCUCCUCCAGCGACUACUUCCUCGACCCCCGCUCCACCCGCCACCACUGAGUCUUCAAAGGAAGUUCCACCUUUCACUUCUCUUCUUGGCCAAUUUGCCGAUGUCAACCCAUUCCUUCGAGAUCUUUUAGGCAACUUUGAACAUGCUCUUUCCGACGAGUUGAGAAAGAAGGACCAACCCGAAUCUAAGAAUUGUCAACAACAAUGUGCUAGAUCUUGCGAAAAGCAGUGUGCUAGGAAGGAUAAGGGAAAAGCCAGGGCUGAAGGCGAGAGAAAGGAAGUACCACGAUCAAACAGUACCUCCGCACCUACUCCUACUCCAGCUCCUGCUACAACUGAACCUACCGAGACUACCGAUUCAUCUGAUUCUAUCAAUGCUCUUGGUUCCAUCGAGUCUCAACUUGCCUCACUCCGAUCGUCAUUCACGUUCCCUGAUCGACUCGCUUUCGCUCAAACAACUGUCAACGACUUUUCGCCACCACUUCUAUUCAACAAGAUCAAUUCAUCUUAUCACGCUCAAGCUCAUGCUUUGCUUCAACUUCUCUUGAAGGCAGAUGGGAUCUCCUCCAAUGGUGAUAAAGAUGUCAGAAGACGAAGAAAGGAAGUUGUCAGAGCUGUUGAAGAGGAAAUUGAACAAUUAGAGAAAAAGAGGGAUAACGUCUGGGAGUCGAUCAAGGAAAAGAGAGAAAGAGGUGAAGAAAGUGAACCUGAAGACGAUACGCGAUCAUGGACCGAAUCUUCUUCCUCUUCUGCUUCUUCAGUCGGGGAUCAUGAACAUUUGGAAGAUGAACAUAUCGAACACGCCGAAGAGAAAGUAGUGGGAGAUGGGAAACAACGAGAACAACCUAAAUCAUACGCUGAUAUCGCCAAGUCGACCGAGACUUCAGCUGAAGAAGAUAUUACUCCUGCUCCUUCUACUACCGAAUCCCAUCCUGAAAACCAUGAGUCUCCUGCUGAAUCAGCGCAGGUAUCUAGAGAUGAACAACAAGAAGGAUAUACUAUCUCUGUCACUUUCCCUUCGGAGUCCGAGUCUCCCGCCGAGCCGUCUCAAGAGCAGCAGGCUGAGGCAGCCGCACAGGAAAGUCCCAAGGUCAUCGAGGAAGAUAGGAAAUCUGACAAAUCAGCUAGAGUGGAAGAUGGUGAUAAUGUGAACGAAGAAGGUUACGAGGUACUUUAA